ACCUCUCUAUAAAUACCUAUCCAGUUCCAACAAUUCUUCAUACCAAAUCCAAUAAUCAAACAAUCAUCAUCUAACAAUAAGAUGAAGAUUUUUCCAACGCUUUUCCUUAUCACUUUUCUCUCAUUCUCCACUUCUUAUGCUUCUGUCAAUGAUUUCUGUGUAGCAGAUUUAAAGGCUCCAGAUACCCCUUCCGGCUACCACUGCAAACCCCUUGCAAACAUAACAUCAGACGAUUUCGUCUUUCAUGGCUUCGUAGCCGGAGACACCAAAAACUCCUUCAAUGCUGCACUUUCCUCGGCUUUUGUCACCGAUUUUCCCGGUCUUAACGGACUCGGAAUCUCUGCAGCACGACUAGAUAUAGCCGAAGGUGGAUCGAUUCCAAUGCAUACUCAUCCCGGUGCUACUGAAUUAUUGAUAAUGGUUCAAGGAGAAAUAACUGCUGGAUUUUUUACAACAAGUGCUGUUUUUUCGAAGACGUUGAAACCGGGUGAUCUUAUGGUUUUUCCACAAGGGAUGUUGCAUUUUCAAGUUAAUUCUGGUAAAGGACAGGCUACUGCUUUUCUUGCCUUUAGUAGUGCAAACCCUGGUGCUCAAUUACUUGAUCUUCUUCUGUUUUCCAAUAAUUUGUCUUCUGAAAUAGUGGCACAAACUACUUUCCUUGAUUUUGCACAAGUUAAGAAGCUUAAGGCUCGUUUUGGAGGAAGAGGCUAAAAGAUCAAUUGUUGCUUAUCAUCAUAUUUCUCUUUCAUUUUUAUGUUUAUUUCAAUAAACCCCGCUUAGGUGGUGGAUUUGUUUGUGUGUGUACGUGUUUUUAUAAUAAUAUUAUGUUCCUGUUGUUCCAAAUGUCCUUUUCAAGCUACUUAUACUAAAGAAAUAAUAAAUUGGUUCACACA